AUGGCGCUGCUGCGGCGGCUGCUGGGGCUGGCGGGGCCCGCGGGGCGCCGCGGCUGCUGCUCUAAGCGCCCGCUGCCCCCCGCGCUGCUGGAGGCUCUGCAGGCCGUGGCUGGGGUGCCCAAUGUGUCGUGCAGCGGUGCCGUGCGGGAGCAGCACGGCUGCGACGAGUCCAUGCACAGAUGUGCCCCUCCAGAUGUGGUGGUGUGGCCCCAGGAUGUGCAUCAGGUGCAGGAGCUGGCGGCGCUCUGCUACCGCCACGACGUGCCCAUGGUGCCCUUUGGCACCGGGACCGGCCUCGAGGGCGGCGUCAGCGCUGUGCAGGGCGGCGUGUGCUUUGACCUGAGCCGCAUGGACCGCAUCUCGGAGCUGCGYGUCGAGGACUUCACAGUGGCCGUGGAGCCUGGUGUGACGCGCAAGGCCCUCAACAGCUACCUGCACUCCAGCGGGCUCUGGUUCCCCAUUGACCCGGGGGCAGACGCCUCGCUGUGCGGCAUGGCGGCCACGAGAGCCUCGGGCACCAACGCCGUGCGCUACGGCACCAUGAAAAGCAACGUGCUCAACCUGCGCGUGGUGCUGCCGGACGGGCGCCUGCUCCACACGGCUGGGGAAGGCCGCCACUUCAGGAAAAGCGCGGCCGGCUACGACCUGACGUCGCUCUUCGUGGGCUCCGAGGGCACCCUGGGCUUCCUGACACGGGCCACGCUGCGCCUGCACCCUGUCCCCGAGGCCAUGGUGGCGGCCGUCAGCGCCUUCCCCAGUGUCCGGGCGGCYGUGGACUGCACCGUCAGCAUCCUGCAGACUGCCGUGCCGGUAGCCCGCAUCGAGUUCCUGGACGACGUCAUGGUGGACGCCUGCAACCGCCACAGCGGCCUGAAGCUGCCUGUGGCACCCACGCUCUUCAUGGAGCUCCACGGCUCCCAGCACAGCGUGGCCGAACAGGUCCAGCAAACAGAGGAGCUGGUGCAGCAGCACGGCGGCUCCAGGUUCGCCUGGGCCCAGGAGGUCGAGGAGCGCCAGCGCCUCUGGGCCGCCCGCCACGACGCCUGGUACGCGGCCCUGGCCCUGCGGCCUGGCUGCAAGGGCUACUCCACGGACGUCUGCGUGCCCAUCUCCCGCCUCCCCGACAUCGUGGUGGAGGCCAAGAGGGACCUGCAGGAGGCUGGCCUCACCGGGCCCUUGGUGGGACAUGUGGGUGACGGAAACUUCCACUGCCUCCUCAUCUUCGACCCCGAGGACCUGGACGAGACCCAGCGCAUCAAGGACUUCACCCAGCGCCUGGGCAGGCGAGCGCUGGCCUUGGAUGGCACCUGCACCGGGGAGCACGGCAUAGGACUGGGCAAGCGGGAGCUGUUGCGUGAGGAGGUGGGUGAGCAGGGCCUGGCCACCAUGCGCCAAAUCAAGGCCACUCUAGACCCCAAGAACCUCAUGAACCCCGGGAAGGUGCUGUGACCGUGGCCGAGCACCCACCCACCCCACGGAAUGGGCCCUGUCCGGCUCCCAGGGCACCCUGGCCCCCGUGGGCCCCAUGCCCGUGGUCUGGUGGGUCACAGCCCUCGGAAAGCUCCAAUAAACCAAACGUGCCUGA